CCGGACGGAACACCGCGAUAAAGAUUCAAAGAUACAGUACUCUUUAUCACCAGCGAAUAAAAAACCAAAACAUUCUAAACGCGAAUGCGAAUGCGGCGGCUGUGGAUACGUUGGAUUUAAGUUUAUGUUAUUUACCCCAUUUGCGUGCGACACUCGCCUUGGGCCAAGUUUGAGUUAUUUCCAAGUUUGCAUUAUUGUAAUUAGCCUGUCGGCCCGUCGAGAGACUACGAAACGAAACGAAUGAAAAAUAAAACGCAGAAUAAUUGCGCUGGAAAUACAUUAUAAUGUGCGCGGCUAAGAGCGCUAACGUAACGGCUAAAUAAUAGUAGAAAGUUUUUAUUGUUAUCUUUCUUCUGAGCUGCAGCUGCCAAAAGCCGAAUAACCAUAGCAAAAGCUUCGAAAUUUUGCGUGUGAACAGAAAAGAAAUCCGCUUUCGGCCCCAUAUCUUUAAAUUUGUGCGGUUGUGUGUGCUCAGCUUACAAAAUUGGCAACGUUUAGACGCCGCUCUCAGUCAAUAAACCCAAAUAAAUAAGAUACGCCAUAGUCAAAAUACAAACAAACCAAAUAAAGAACCCAUCAAAAUGUCCGGACCACUGCCCGAAAUCAGCGAGGAGCAACGAGCCAUUUUGGAGCAGUUUCGCAAGCAAAUGGAUGAUGCUCUGGUGGGAACUCACGAUGAUUACUUUUUGGUUCGCUGGCUGAGAGCUCGAAAAUGGAAUCUGGAAGCGGCGGAGAAAAUGCUGAGAGCUAGCUUAAAAACCCGCGCCAUGUGGAAUGUUGACAACAUCGAGAAGUGGGAUCCACCCAAGGCGCUGCAGGAAUAUUUGCCCUAUGGCCUCAUGGGCUAUGACAACGAGGGAUCACCAAUUCUCGUUUGCCCCUUUGCCAACUUCGACAUGUGGGGCAUGAUGCACUGCGUCACGCGAUUCGAGUUCCAAAAGUACCUAGUCCUGCUGCUCGAGCGCUUCAUGAAGAUCGCCUACGAGCAGAGCCAGAAGCAUGGAUGGAAGGCGCGCCAGCUGGUGGUGUUCUUCGACAUGCAGGACGUGAACCUGAAGCAGUACGCCUGGCGACCGGCGGCCGAGUGCGUGAUCUCCACGGUGAAGCAGUACGAGGCCAACUUCCCGGAGCUGCUCAAGAUGUGCUACAUCAUCAAUGCGCCCAAGCUCUUCUCGGUGGCCUUCAACAUCGUGAAGAAGUUCCUGGACGAGAACACCACCAGCAAGAUAGUGAUCUACAAGUCGGGCGUGGAUCGCUGGCAGCAGCAGCUCUUCUCGCACGUCAACCGAAAGGCCUUUCCGAAGGCCUGGGGCGGCGAGAUGGUGGACAGGAACGGGGAUCCCCAGUGCAAGGCCCUGAUGAUCUGGGGCGGCAAGCUGCCCGAGGAGCUGUACAUCGAUCAGAGCAGCCAGCAGAGUGACCGCGACUUUGUGGAGACGCAGGUGGCCAAGGGCGACAAGCUGAAGCUGAACUUUAAAGUUAACGGCGGGGAGGAGAAGAUCCUCUCCUGGGAGUUCCGCACCUUCGACUACGACAUCAAGUUCGGCAUCUACAGCGUGGACGAGCAGACGGGCGAGAAGCGCAGCGAGGUGGCGCUGGGAACGGUGUACUCCAAUGAGAUGGACGAGGUGGGCUACAUCUCUACGCGACCAAAUACCACUUACACUGUGGUUUUUGACAACUCCGCCAGCUACCUGCGCAGCAAGAAGCUCCGCUACUGGGUGGACCUCAUCUCCGAGGAGGAGGAGGGCAUUUCCGAGCUGACCAGCCAGAUGGACAGCACUCAGAUUGCAAGUCAGCAGUGAGUGGGGAUCGAGUUCCCCCGCGACCAAUCAACCAAGCCAAAAAUGGGAGUAGAUAGAUUAUUAGGUAGCCAACAACACAAACUAACCUCGGUGCAAUAAAGUCACAAAGCAUUUUGGCCAGAUCUCCGAAACUCUGGCGAAUCUGCAAUCAAAACUAUGUGAUAGAAACAAAAAGUUAGCAAAGCAACACAAAAGUAUGACUCACAUUUAAAGUUAAUCGUUUUAUUACAUACCUAGCCGCACUGUUUAGUUAACAAUUUAUAAUCUUUUCAGGGAGUACAGCACAAUAAAAUGUAUAUAGCACCUGAUCUUUAAAUGAAA